UAAAAUCCAAUCCUGGUGCUUUGUUUCUGCAUAUGAUACAAUACCUGUCAUCUCUGAUUCUCUAUAUAUCUAUAUAUAUCUCACUUUCCAAAUUUUUUACAAGUCAUGUGCUUCUUCAAAGAAAAAAGUAUAGUGAGGUUUGUGGUCCUCCUGUAUUUCACUUUAUCCAUCACCAUCUCAUCUGGAGCCAACACCAUCUCUGCAAACCAGUCUCUGUCUGGAGACCAUACAAUCAUAUCUGAAGGCGAACAAUUUGAACUUGGUUUUUUCAAAGCAGGUAACUCUUCUAAGUAUUACAUAGGCAUCUGGUAUAAGAAGGUCUCUUCCAAUCCUCCCACCAUAGUUUGGGUGGCGAACAGAGAAACACCCAUCUCUGAUAGAUUCCGUUCAGAAUUAAAAAUCAUUGAUGGUAAUUUGGUGCUCUUGAAUGAGUCCAAGUCCAAGAUUUGGUCAACAAAUGUCACAACCACCACCACCACCACUUUGAAGCCCGCCACAGUUGUUAUUCUUGAUGACGGAAACUUAGUUUUGAGAGACUACGGUUCAAAUUCAGUUGAACCUAUUUGGCAAAGUUUUGACCACCCAACUCAUACAUGGUUGCCUGGUGCUAAAUUUGGUUAUGAUAAUAGAACAAAAAAGAACCAGGUUCUUACAUCAUGGAGAAGCAAAGACGAUCCUGGUGUAGGACUCUUCUCUUUCGAGCUUCAACCGUCUAGUAAUGAGUAUGUAAUCAAGUGGAAUGGCUCCCACCAAUAUUGGAUAACUGGUGCAUGGAAUGGGAAAACAUUUGACUUAUUACCUGAAAUGAGGUUGAAUUAUAUUUACAAUUUCAGCUACCAUACGAAUGAGAAUGAGAGUUACUUCACUUCUUCUUUGUAUAAUCCUUCCAUUAUAUCUAGAAAUAUAAUGGAUGUUUCUGGUCAAGUUCAGCAACUAACAUGGUUGGAAGCUACCAAAGAGUGGAAUUUAUUUUGGUCUCAACCUAGAACGCAGUGUGAGGUCUAUGCUUUGUGUGGGGCUUUUGGAAGUUGCAGCCAAUCAGGAUUACCUUUCUGUAGUUGCUUGACUGGCUUCAAGCCUAGAUCUGAGACUGAUUGGAAUCAGAGUGAUUUUUCAGGUGGAUGUGUACGAAAAACCGAUUUACAGUGUGGGAGAAACAUGGAAAAGGCUGAUUUUCUCAAGGUUACAGUCAAGAGUUUGCCUCCAAAUAAAUCCAUGGCAGUUGGGAGUGCUGGAGAAUGUAGUACAACCUGUUUGAACAGUUGCUCAUGUAAUGCAUACUUUUUUGUUGAUAAUGAGUGUUCGGUUUGGGAUGGAGAUCUCCUGAACCUCUCGGAAGAUAAUGAUAGUGGGAAAACAAUCUUUGUCAAAGUCGCUUCUAAAGAUCUUCCACAUCAUAAAAAGACUAAUUGGGUCACCGUGGGUGCUGUUGUUGGGUUUGUAGGAGGUGUGGUUUUUCUCUCGGGUCUAAUUGUGCUUUUAAUUUAUAAUAAAAAGAGGAUAUCAUUAUCGGUGCGUAAGACGAGAAUGGAGGGAUCAUUGGUGUCAUUUGUCUACAAAGAUUUACAAAUUGCCACCAAAAAUUUCUCAGACAAAUUAGGAGGAGGUGGUUUUGGCUCUGUUUUCAAGGGGGUACUGCAUGAUUCAUCUAUUAUAGCAGUGAAAAAGCUUGAAAGCAUCAGUCAAGGAGAGAAGCAGUUCAGGAGUGAAGUCAGCACAAUCGGCACUAUCCAACACGUUAAUCUUGUACGCCUUCGUGGGUUUUGUGCUCAAGGUAACAAUAAGCUGUUGGUCUAUGAUUACAUGGCAAAUGGUUCUCUGGACACCCAUCUUUUCCAUGGAAAACAAGUUUUAAACUGGGAAACAAGGUAUCAGAUUGCACUUGGAAUUGCAAGAGGAUUGGUUUAUCUUCAUGAGAAGUGCAGAGACUGUAUCAUUCACUGUGACAUAAAGCCAGAAAACAUUCUUUUAGAUUCCGAAUUCUGUCCUAAAGUUGCAGAUUUUGGUCUGGCAAAACUUGUUGGUCGAGACUUUAGUAGGGUUUUGACAAGUACAAGGGGGACAAUAGGGUAUCUAGCACCAGAAUGGUUAUCGGGGGUUGCUGUCACAGCCAAAGCAGAUGUUUAUAGCUAUGGAAUGGUGCUUUUUGAAUUACUUCAUGGUAAAAGAAAUGCAGAAGCAUCUGAAGAUUCAAGGAGUAAAUACUUCCCUGGUUUGGUUGCAAAUGUUCUUAUGGAUGGAACUGAUAUCCUUAGCGUACUAGACAGUAGGUUAAACAGGGAAGCUUGUGUUGAACAAGUGACAAAAAUAUGCAAAGUUGCGUGUUGGUGCAUCCAAGAUGAGGAAGAGAGAAGGCCUACCAUGAGUCUAGUGGAACGUAUUCUUGAAGGUGUUUUGGAUGUGGACAUGCCUCCAAUACCCCAAAUCUGCCAGUAUAAUUAUUUGUAGUGUGACAUUGUAGUCACUCACAUUAGAAAUAAGAUCGUUAUAAAAUAAACAAGUAGUCGACUUUUUUGUUGCAAAUAAAUUAUCGUUAUUAUAAAAAUGCAACAAAUAAAUGGUGGCUUAACCAUUGAA